AUGGUUGGGGGUUGUUUUUCAGCGCAACUUCCUGGGAGAAGUUAUUCCACCUGGCAUUACGAUUGUGGCACAGGCAGUAAGGAGUGACAACAGAAAUCAAGGUUAUCAAGCUACAGCAUAUGUUCGUUCUGAUGCUGCCAAAGUUGAUGUGCAACUAGUUGUGGUUCAGCUGGCUGAAACCAGUUGGAAAGCAUGUGCUGAUGCUGUAAUACUGCCUCUGAAAGCACAGGCCAGGCUGAGAUGGGGCAAGGAGUGCCGGGACUACAGGAUAGAAGGCAGGGCUACCACGGGCCAGAUGGCGAGGAAACCAGCCGUGCAGCUGAAGGUGCAGUGGGGAAAUCUUCCAUCCUGGAUAAAGAGGACAAGCUCAGA